AUGGCUGAGAACGCCCAGCCCACCACUUCUUCUACCCUUCCUCCCCCUCCCCAACCCUCUGCAGGUGCCCCUGGUCAGCAACAGUUCGAUGGGUCCCAGGGCAACGGGCAGGCAAAUCCGGCACAUAUGCCUCCACCACCUCUUCCCCCUGUCGUGAUCCCCCAGAACACCAAUCCGAUUCCGACGGCGAUCACCUCUCCGAUGACCGGCAACAUGAUGUCCCCGUCCAGCACCGGCGGCUUUGUCCGUCGGGCUGCUCCCGAACCAAACAAGCGCGCUCUGUAUAUUGGAGGUCUUGAUGCUCGCGUCACCGAAGACAUCUUGAGGCAGAUCUUUGAAACCACCGGGCACGUGCAGAGUGUCAAGAUCAUUCCCGACAAGAAUAGCAAAGGUUUGAACUACGGUUUCGUUGAAUACGACGACCCAGGCGCCGCUGAACGAGCCAUGUCUACCCUCAACGGACGCCGUGUGCACCAGUCUGAAAUUCGCGUGAACUGGGCGUACCAGUCAAACAACAACAACAAGGAAGACACUUCAAACCAUUUCCAUAUCUUUGUUGGUGACCUGAGUAACGAAGUCAACGAUGAGGUUCUGCUCCAGGCAUUCUCUGCCUUCGGCUCUGUUUCAGAAGCCCGUGUCAUAGUGGCUGGGUUCUCGUGCUAUCCGUUGCAACUGGGCAAACCAGAAGGGCCAGCCGUCCAUCUCCCAGCAGCAAGCUAUGGCUGCAAUGGGCAUGACCCCGUCCACCCCAUUUGGCCACCACCAUUUCCCCACCCAUGGAGUCCAAAGUUACGACAUGGUCGCGGCUCAAACACCCCAAUGGCAAACCACCUGCUAUGUUGGGAACUUGACCCCAUAUACCACACGGAAUGA